ACAUUAGAGUAAGACCAUCAAAGACAGAGUAGGGCGGGUCAUGACUUCGCCAUCCUAGGAAAAAAAAUCGCCUUCUGUAUUCAGGCUGUUUGCUGUGCGUCUCAAGUAGCUAAACUACGAGAACAAGUACCAUUAAAGCAUACCAGGUUGGAGAUGAUGGAGGAGAAAGAGGAGCAGUCAAAGGAGGAGCAGUCAGACCUCAGUUUGAGGAAGGGAGACUACGACGGAGAGAGCCUGAGGCUGCAGAUGGUGACUUGGAACGUGGCCACAGCCGAUCCUCCGGAUGACGUGAGCUCGCUUCUCCGUUUAAGCUCUCCAAAGAGUCAAGACCUCUAUAUCAUCGGUCUGCAGGAGGUGUACGCAAGACCAUUGAGAUUCCUGUCAGACAUUGUGUUUGACGAUCCAUGGAGUCAUCUGUUUAUGUCCACGUUAGCACCACGGGGCUAUGUUAAGGUGUCCUCCAUCAGAAUGCAGGGUCUACUGUUGAUUUUCUUCUCCAAACUGGAGCAUGUGCCCUUUAUCAGAGACAUCCAGGCCACAUAUACACGCACAGGCAUCUUCGGUUACUGGGGUAACAAAGGUGGCGUAUCCAUCAGUCUGUCUCUAUACGGCCACAAACUGUGUUUCCUCAACUGUCACUUGGCAGCUCACAUGAAAUACGCCACAGAGAGAGUGGAUGAGUUUGAAUACAUCAUGGACACGCAGACGUUUGACUGUAAAAAGUCUCCAACAAUUCCUGACCACAGACUGGUCUUCUGGUUUGGAGAUCUCAACUUCCGAAUCCAGGACCACGGCAUGCACUUUGUCCGCACCUGCAUCAACAAUCACACCUACAACCUGCUGUGGAGCAAAGACCAGUUGAUGAUGAUGAAGAAGAAAGAGCAGGUGCUCGAGGAGUUUGAGGAAGGGCCUCUGGACUUCCAACCCACGUACAAGUUUGACUUAAACUCUGAUACUUAUGACAGCAGCGGUAAGAAGCGUAAACCCGCCUGGACAGACAGGAUCCUGUGGCGGCUCAGACCCAAAGCCCCGCCCCCCGACGAGCAGGAUGCGAAACAGGUCAAGCAGCUGGAAGAGGAUGAGGAGUACCCGUUGAAGAUCAGGCAGGACUUGUACACCAGCAAUAUGGAGUACGGCAUCAGCGACCACAAGCCGGUCAUCGGCCUUUUCACACUGGAGCUGAGGAAGAUGUACGAGACUCCUCUGGUGCGUCUGCAGGCAGAAGGCGACUGGAGCGCCGACAUCGACGCCAUGGUUCUCUACAGCCCCUUGCAGCCGUUCUCCUCCAGCACAUGGGACUGGAUCGGACUCUUUAAGGUCGGGUUCACCAGCCUGUCGGACUACACCACCUUCACGUGGGUCAAAGAUGAUGAAGUGGCCUUCAACGAUGAAGUCACACAGGUAUAUAUUAGUAAAGAGGAAAUCCCUGUGCAAGGAGGAGACUUUGUGCUGGCCUACUACAGCAGUACUCUGAGGUGCAUCAUUGGAAUCAGUGAACCAUUCAAAGUCCACGAGUCCAAAGUAGCCAUCGAGGAAGGUUUGGUGCCCGAGAGGAUCAACAGUCUUGACAAAACCGUAGCGGGUGAUGACUUUUGGAAGUAGACGUGGUACGAUGUAGAGAUGGAUCUGAUCUGGCCCGGUUCACCUGAACCACAACGAGGCUUUUAAUAACUAUGUUUCUUAAUCUGUCACCAGCUGAAGGAGCAGCUUAGGAAAUAUGCUGUCUGUUCAUGCUGUUAGACUCUCCACUGAAAGCUCUAAUGCUACUGGUUUAGUUAUCAGUUACUUACACCUAUGCGGUCAGUACACUUUCUUUUUUUAUUUUUUUAACUGGUCUCCAGGGUCACACUUCCAGUAAUAUAGGAACAAGUGUUGAAGGUCUGACUAAAAUAAAGGCAGCAAACAUGAACAAUCCAUCACCUGACCUAAAAACAGAAUGGAUCGAUUAGAGUGCUCAGGUCAAAUCUUUUUUAGUCCUGGCCUGAAGCAUAAUAAACUGACAAAAUCACUGCACUGUGUAUGAGAUAACAUUAUGAGAUAUGAUGCAAUGAUUUGACCAAAUAUUAUGUGUUUAGGUCAUGAGGAAUGGGAAGGAAAAGGUUAGGUGCAUUGAUACAAUAGGAGGUAAAAAUAUGUGAUGUACAGGCCUGCUGCUUUGUGUGAUCAGUCCUGCUGUAUGUGUCAGUUUGUGAGAGGAAGCUCUCCUUUCAAGGCUGUGGUGAUGGAUCAAAAUAUUUUUAAAAAAAGCUACUUUGUGAGGCUGAAAGAAAAGCUGGAAUUCUUUUUAUUAAAGUUUGGGUUGUUUGGAAGAAUGAAAACACCCCAGUCAAGUUUCACCUGACUGCUGACAGUUAUGAAAAGGGAAUUGCAAAAUGAUCAGACUCAGAUGGAGUUUAUACGACCUCCAAACAUACAGCAGGUUUGUGUGUGAGCAGUUUAGGCUCCAGGGAAUGAUCAGUGAAGAAAAUGAAGACUUAAGAUUUGCCCGACACAGGGUUAAGUACAAGAUGAUGACUGAAUAAAACACUUUAUGGCAGAAAGAGAAGUUUAAUUUUUAUUGAGGUUAGCUGUUACUUUAAAAUCCUCUCUAUCCUCUAUAUUAAUACAUGUAGUAUUGACUUCAUUCUGAGGUAUGUGGUGAUUUUAAUCUGUACUGUCUUAAAAAAGAGCAACAUUGCUGUAGUAUGUAAGCUGGAUCUACACAUGGGUUUAAAGGAUUUAGUAUGUUAUUUCACAUAUUCACGGGGGCUCAAAGAAUAUUUAACCAUUGUGUUGUGGAAGGUAAGAGUUUUGAUUUUCUCCUCACAGUAUUUUAAUUAACUUCAGUUGUUCCUGGAGGACUUGAAAACAUAGAUGUGUAUUAUGAAUUAGUUUUUUUGGGGAGCAGGUUAGCUAUGGCUCAUUUUCAGCUUGGUCUUAUAAUUAGCCCACCAGCACUUUGCAGUUUUUAAAAGUAUAUAUAUAUAUAUAUAAACCUUUCCCUUUUUAAUACUGAUAUUUGUAUCACAGCAAAAUGGAGAGUGUAAAGAAAUGUUGCACUGUUUAUUGUUAGUAUUUAUAGCUUGUCACGUCAUUAUAAGUGUGUAUUGAGAAAGAAUAUUUUGUUUUUGGAGAACCAUAUGGAUUCAGCAAGUGCCUUUUGAAAUGAUUGUCGCUUUACAUUCAUUGUACUGUACCACGCUGCUCAAUUUUGAUACUAUAUGUAUCAUUAAUAUUCAUCAGAUUAUUUUUCACAACAUGGUAUCAUUUUCCUGGCCUCUCGUUCUAAACUUUUCAGCCUUCAGCUAUGUGUUGUACUGAAUGUUACUAUUUUUAUUGGCUUGCUGGAAUCAAUUAUUUUUUAGCCAAUUUAUGACACCUUUUUAUUUUUUAUUAACACUGAAGAGUGACCUAUUUUCUCAGAUAGUAAUGAGAAGUUUUAAUGUACUGUAACAAAAUACCAACCAAUUUAUAGCUAUGGAAAUAUUAAAUACGUCUUA